AUGAUUUAAAAUGAAAUCGCAGAAUGCAUGAAGAAAAUGACGACUUAUCUUGAUUUGAAUGGAUAUAAGAAAUUUAAGCUGUUUCAGGCUUAGCCUAAUUAUUUUGAUUUGAAUUAUGAGGAGAGGAAAACAUUAUUAUAAGCUCCUUCUGUUGAUCACUUAUGCAAAUCUAUCAUAAUGGAAAACACAAAGUACGAUGAUUCAUAUCCAGAUCAUGAAGUCAACCCUAAAUUCAUUUGCGUUGUAGUUCAAUAUAUCACAAAACUUUAAGGGGAGAAGAUUAAUAAAUAUUUUAAAUAGUUAUAGAAUCAGAAGUACCCAAAUAAAUAAAUAUCUAGAAAUAAAUUACACUUCAGAUUAACAUCAGAUGAAAUGUCAUAUCAAUUAAGUGGGUAUUAAUUUAAUGCUAUAACACCUUUUAACAUGAUACAAAAUAUGCCAUUGUUGAUUUCUGAUAGAAUAUUGAACUUAGAGUAUAUAUGGUUUGGAGGUGGACAUACGGAUGUUAAAUUAAGAAUGGAUAUCAAAGAGAUGUGCACUCUCUAUCCAAAUAAAGUCUUUUAUUCAGACAUAAUUAUGCAAUAGCAAGAAUAAUGA